AUGAGAUAAAAUGAUUUUGAUACAAAUGAGAGACCUCUCUAUGUUAUUGCUAAUACUGAAGAGGCAAAAUUAUUAACUUCCGAGAAAAAUCAUCUUAGAUCAUUAUUGAGGGAAUUAGUUCAUAAAAAUGGUGGAUCGAUUGAGCAAUUGAAGAGAAGAAACGAUAUAACUAAAAUUAAAAUACCCUUACUUUAAUAAAAAAAGUUCUCAGUCUCAAAUAGUAGAACUAAUCAUGGUGAUGUAUUUUUACCCUCAACAUCAGUUCAUAAUAGGCUUAGUAAAUCAUAAAUGUCCAACAAUAACUCAUUAAAAAGUCAAAUGUAGAACAGAACAACCAAGAACAGAAAAAGUAGUAUUUCUCCCGUAAUAAUUGGAGAAUUUGAUAGAUUUUAAGAAGUGACACCUAAAGCUUAUAACUAUAUGAGUUUAGUAGAGAUCCCUUAAAUAAAGCUAGUUCAGCAAAAUUUUAAUAAUGAGUCAAGUUUAGAUAUAAAGGGAAGUUUCUUCUCAAGUUACUCAGCAUAAAGAAGAUCUCGACGGAACAUAGAAAAGAUCUUGAAUAGUCAGAAUAUAACAACUAACAGCUCAACUCAAGAAUCAAUAUUAGUACCAAUCAAAGAAGAAUAUACUGACUAAAAAACAAAUGGUCAAUUAUCAACUUAUCUAUAACCUGCUUUUAGCUAUUCUCCAAUGAUUAGGAACACUUUAAUUUUUGGAGAUACUCAAUAUGAUAAUCCAUUUUAAUUCAAUAAAAUAAAGAGCAACCAGUAUAUGAGUGAAAUUCUAUAAAAGCAAUCUGAAAUUGAAAAAAUAAAUCAGCAGCAAUAUAAAAUUCCUAUAAAACUUAAAAAGGAGUUGACCAACAAUAGAUUCUUAGAUAUAAAUAUAGGAAAUACACACGAAAGAGUCAAGCAAGAAAAACAAUGGUCACUUAAAGUAAAUCCUAAUUACUUUGAAUGCAUGAAAGAAAGAGAAAAGAUUUAAGACAUGAUUAUUAAAAGAAGGCGUGACCGAGAAGCCAAAUUUAACAACAAAAAGAGAGCUAACUAUUGA